CCUCCAUUUCCCCCUCCCCCCCAAAGCCCUGUCCCUGACUUCAUCCUAGUCUUGGCUCCGCCCUACUGUGCUAGCCUCGGGGCAUGCUGGGAAUCUCCUGUGGCCGUCUCUGCUCCGGGAAGGUGUACAGCUGUCCUUGGAGUUUUGCCAGGCACACACACAGGAAGUCUGCCACCCCCUGAAGGACCCCAGGGUGGCCCCGCAGAGAGCCCGCAGCCAGAGGAAUGGCCCCCGAGACCCCGAGGCCCCCCUCCCAGAAGUCUUGUAUCAAUCUGAUAAUGGCAGCAGUAGAGAAAAAUAUAUGCGAGUCUGAUCCAAAAGAAGAUUGAAAUGAUAGUUUCUUCAUAUGAUAGAAUUUGUAACAUGAAUAAAACACCUGUUAGCGAAGAGAUCAAGUCUGUCUUUGAAGAAAUAAAUAGAAAAAGGUGGGUGAGAGGUAAAGUCUUUAUAACACAAUACAUCAAGAAGUUUAAAUCUUUAUAUGGGAAGAAGUUUCACUUAUCCAAAGAAGUCUCUUGUUUAGUUGUGUGAUGGAUGCUUUAUCCUUGACAUUUAAUUGAAUAAAAUGGUUGAAUGAAUUAAAAGACAGAAAUCUUUAGACUUAUAAAGAACCAUAGUGUUAAGCCCAACCUUUAAAAGGGUUUUGAAUUGUUUAACAUAUCAUGAUUGGUCUCCAUCCUGGUAAAUUAAAAUAAGACUUGACCUCUGUUUUUAACUUUGAAAAGAAUGUUCUCCAUUGAAUCAUCCCAUAGUAAAAUAUCCAGUCUGCUAAGAGAUGUGUCAGGGCCAUCCAUUUAGACAGUAAUCAAGCCCUGUUAGCAAUACAGGGAGGAAAAAGUUGUUUUGAGAUCAACAAGCAAUUAACUUUAGCUAAUAAAUCAGAUAAGAGACAAUUGUGAAUUACUACCUGCUUGAUUAAAUGCGUUAAUUCAACAGUCUGUAAUAUUAGAAAUUUAUUCCCAUCUAUAGGAGGAAGAAGCAGUUAAGCAUGUGUAGAGUAGAAUUUGGGGGAUGGAGCUUGCACCCACAGAAAUCACUAAUGAGCCGACAGGAGACUUUAGAUAGAUGCUAGCAGAGAAGAUGCGGCCAUUAUUUAGGAAAGCGGAGAGGUCCGGAGCACUGCCUUGAGAUGUCUCUCAGCAGCAGAGCCCAAAGAUGUUCACAUGAAUUCAGAGUUUAUAGGAAUUUAACACAGUACUUCUCUUCUCGUCACUCACCACAUGUGUGUAACACAAUGUCAUGUAUGUUAUAUUUCUUUAUCCUGUUCUAUCCUCCUUAAGUUUUUCCCAGAGCUUUCAGACCGAUGGGAGAAUUCCUUAAGUUUGCAAUUUCUAACUUGAGUCAGAAUUUAGACAUGUCCACGGUCUGGUAAGUUUUAAGACAUUUCCCAUGGGAAGUGCACUGUUUCCAUGGGGGAAAGGGGGGUGUUUUGGCCACAUUAGGAAAGAAUAUAUUAAAGGUGUGUGUGUGUAUAUAUAUAUAUAUAUGUCUGCUUGGGCAAGGGAAUUUCUCUACUUGUCAUAAGGAGAGAUUUGUAUAUCCCUUCUCAAGGGCACCGAACUUUCACUAAUUUUCUACAGGAAGUUGCCAUUCUGUGAUUACUAGUACUAAUUAAUGUUUGCUGGGGGAUAAUGCCCAAUUUCAUCCCAUGUAAUCCUACUAAUUUUAUUUCCAAGUUUGCAUUAUUCCCCCUCUUUAGGGUCCUCUUCAUCAAAGACCUGAAGCAUAUGAUUUGAUUCAGCUCUCAAAUGAGGAACUUUCUGCUUUCUCAAAAUCAUCAGUUUAGGAACCCUCUCGAUAAAAUGGGGUUUUGAACGACAACACGUAUAUUCUCUGUAGUUCUCUGAAUCAUGACAAUAAAACAUGGAAUUAAAUGAUGAAUAAGUAAAAGAAUACUGACAAUAACAAUUUUGGUUGGAACAAUCUGUGUCCAACGUCCAUUAAAAAUUGAGUUCCACCAGUCAGUCCAUGGAGCGAUAUUAGUCCCUGAAUUUCUCUUCAAUUCGUAUUGAAAGAACAUGUCACUCUCUAAGUGCCCUUGUGACAGAUCCAUCCGGGGAUGAAUUAUUAGGUAUGUAGAUACAGCAAGAUCCUCCUGUCAUAACACAAACUCCCACUUGCUUUGCCAGGGACAUGUCCAGGGCUACUCUAUUAUACCAUGUCACCUGACUGCAUGUAAGUACUGAGCUAUAAUUGUAUUCCUAGUAUAGUUUAUAAAUCUGUUGGUUGUAGUAAAUGUCAUUAAUCCAGUUCACAUUCUUAUUUAUAGUUACCCACCAGAAAAGAGAUUCCAUACCGUUAGCUAUCUCAUUUCUAGCCUUGAAUUUAUCUAGGACUCCUCUGAGUACCCCCAAAACAUCCAAGUACACUGAAGGAUCAAUCAAGCCCUGAAGGGCAUCUAUCUUCUGCCUUGUCUUGCCUUCCUCCUGGAUCUGAUUCAGAUAAACUACAGUAAAGGGAAUAGCCAAUGUCACUAGAUCACACAUACCAUUCCAGUUUACCAAGACCUUUCUCAGCAUAAUUUCUCCAUGGGACCACCAGAGAUCUGCCUUCAGUAUGCUGUAGGAUUUUAAUAAUAUCAAUAAGAGACGGAAAGGAAAAAAGCUUCAGUUGAGAACAGAGCAAAGAGAGACAGACUCACACCUGCAGCACUUUACCCAAAAGUACAAGCUCAGAAAAAAAGACCUCUGCAACAUGAGUUUCAGACAAAUUUAUCUCCUAAGCAUCCUUAUGUAAAAUGAGGACAUAACUUAAAAGGAUACUGGGAAUAUAGCUCAGGUGUUGCAAAUUUUCCAUCUACACAGACUCCCCCUGAUCCUUUGGGAGACCAGUCUCCCCAAUGGAUCAUUUUAAACAUAAUUAACUAAGGUACAUACAAUUUUACACAGGGAAAAUACAACAACUUGGGGAUAAGGAAACAAAAGGGAAUCAAGAACAAAACCAAUUAGGGGAGCGUUCCCUUUGGUACAACAAAGUACAUAUAAACAAAUGUAUUCAACUCCCCCAAAGUUCAGUUCUGCACAUUCAGUUUUGCUCAGGGAUUCCUGGAGCAUUGUGCAGUUUCCACAGGCAUCUCUACAGCAUCUUCCAUAAGGAAUUCAGUCUGGAUUCCAGGAGGUGGCAAAUUUCUUACCCAGUAUAAAGAAUAGCAAGCAGUAGUAACAGCAUAUGGAGUUAGCAGGAAUAGCCUUUGUGAGGGAGAGACCUGGCUACCUGGCUCUCCUGGUGGGCAGGGUAGGCAAUGAGCCUGAGAAAGCUUUAAAGGGUUUCCCAAAGGGAGAGGAGAGAGGGAAAACCAGGGCAAAAGAAGAAAUCUGAUUCCCCUAGUUCUUAAAUCCCCUCCUGGUCUCCAAAAAUUGUAGGAUUUCAAUAAUAAUACUAAGAGAGGGAAAGGAAAAAAGAUUCUUUCAGUCUAGUGAGCAGAGCAAAGAGAGACAGAUUCACACUUGCAGCACUUUACCAAAAGCACAAACUCUGAAAAAAGAGCCCCACCAUGGGUCUCAGCCAAAUUUAUCUCCUAAGCAUCCUUACAUAAAAUGGGGAUGUAACUUAAAAGGAUGCUGGGAAUGUAGCUCAGGUAUUGCAGAUUUUCCAUCUGCACAGUGCUCAGGUUAGCCAAUUUGAGCAUAUCAGUCAAAUGCCAUAUAUGUGAACACUGCAGCUGUUGUGGACUAGAAACACCUCCUGCGUGUCAAAAAAUACUUUUAAGUGGCUGCCAAUAUCAAAGUGGAAUAUCAAAACUUGGGGUGGAUUAUAUGCCAGGGAAGAAUCUAGGCUGAAGAGGGUUUGCUUGGGGUGGAGAGGUAGGAAGGCUCUUGAGGUGCUGGCCUUGGGUGCCACUGGAGGACAGCUGUGAUCACAGGACUUAAGAGAUUAGGGCAGUGGGGACUGUCAGGAACCACCCAAAGUAGACAAGUUCCAAACAAGAAGCUAUCUGUUUUCCUUGGAAAAUAAUCUGCAUUCUUCCCUUUGAGCCCAGAUUUCUUUGCUUUCCUUUCUGAAAUCUUUCUGCCUUCUGAUUCUAAUCUGAAUGAGGACCUUUCUGCUCCUGCUAGUGUGGGGCUGCCCUUUCCACUGGACCUCAUCUUUCCUAUCUGAACUCUUUGAAUGUCCUUCAGACCAAUUCUCUCUCCCAGAUGUGGCUCCAGAGGCUGCUCUCUGCCCCUACUACUGUUGUGGAAGAAUGAAUUUUGUUGUGUGAGAGGGAAUGCUGGUUCUGGCCCAAAGAUUGGCAGCUCAGAUGCGUUCCUCCCAAGACAUGAAGGUGUCUAUUUAAAGACAUGUAAAGAUAAUUUUAAGGUUGUGACUUAAUAUCUAAAUUGGUCACCAGGGGAAAAUCCCAAAUAAAAUACCCAAGUCAGUCUGGAAAUUUAUGGUAAUUUUAAUUAAUAUAGAGGGAAGGAUUUAAGGAGAAAGAGGGAAGAAGGUAUAGGAUUUCUCCGGCCUGGCCUGUGCCAGGGGGAGUUCAAAAUCUCCACCCCUAGGUCUCUGAAGGAGAUUAGAGGCUUCUAAGAGGAUAAAGUUUGGAAAGUAAGAGAGAAAAAACUCAGCCAGAAACUCACCACUGAAUCGGACAAUAGCUGUAGCCACACCAAGAUGCCAAAAGGUCCAGCACACUGCCACCAGCCACCUCUCCACUACCAAAAGGUACCGGAGAGAGGAAGUGAUGCCAAAUAUAUAGACCUUUACUCUUGUGUCCCCUCCUCUAAAUUUACACAUCUACCAAUCACAUCAGAGGCUUUUUCUCCAGGACUGCCCAUUCUUUAGUUCUCAUCUUCUUUGAUUAGAUUAUAUCUUUUGAGUUACUUAACACUUCUUUGUUAAGUUCACCUUUUGUUAGUUACUUAACCUUUUUGUGAUUAAUUUGCCCUUUCUAGUUACUUAACACCUUUUUGUAAUAAGAUCUAAAAAUAGACUUAGCUUAAAGUUCUAGCUUCACUAUAAAGUAAGAGCUAAGUACCUUCACUGUUCAAUCAAGAGAUUACAACUUUAUCUUCACCAUAAAGUAAGAUCUAGGGUGGAGUAAUUUUAGAGUUCACAGAUAUUAUGCAUAGUGUUGCCAUGGGAAUGGAAAAAGCCAUUACAGGAGGGUGGAAUAUUCCCCACAUGAGUGUAGAGGACAGUGGAAUAGCCCUUGUAGGGUUUCAGGUUUCUAGAUUGUAUUGAGGAUCUGGGGAAUACUGUAUCCUCCCAUGCUUGGAAACUCAAUCUUUCCUCAGACCAUUCUUCCCAUGUAUGUCCCAGGGGCAUUCCAGACUGAACAAUAAGGAAUAGGUCAGGAAGCAGUGAAAUGGAGAAGUGUCCAAUACCAAGUCUACCCUGUGUAUGCCAUGGAGCAGAUUGAAAAAGUAGAAGAGCCCAGCCAAGUAACAUGUUAUUGUCAGAUAUGGCCACUGCCUCGUCAGUUAUUCCUCAUCAGCCUCUUACCUAUUUCUCUUGGUCCUCAAUCCUCAGGUUUCCAUAGUUAGAGGGCUAGCCUUAGAUCCUUUGUGUUUCAUAAAUAAACUUUUUUGAAAAUUAAAGUUGAAUUGUGAUAUUUUUCUGGAAUACAUUUCCCUUUAGCCUGGCCAAGGACAAAUCUCCAGACUUGUUGUUCCCUUCCUCCCAGAUUAUGAACCUAAGGAGGAAUCUCCCUUCUUUUGUUAAGCUAAAAUGACUAGGAAACCAUGGUGAACCUUGACACAUUCUGAGAGUAUCCUGGGCCAGCCACAAGGCUAUGGAAAGCUUGGACUGACACCUUACUUGUCCGGCAAAGGACCUGCUUCUCCUGCGAUGAAGUAAGGAAGGAGGAUUUGAGGUCUUCUAAGCCCCCUCCUCAGUGGUUAUUUAUGAAUCUGAGAUUUCAGGGGAGGGACUGAGUGGUAAGUUCACCAGGGAUAUAUAUAUAUAUAUAUAUAUAUAUAUAUAUAUAUAUAUAUAUAUAAGUAAAGGAGAGAGAUACAGACAAAAGACCUGUGCUAGAGAACUACCAUUUUUCUUCUUUUUUUUUUAAAGGUCAUUCACCCCUAGUCCAUUCCAUUGAUCCAUCCUUCUAUCUCUUAGCCAAUACCACAUUGUUUUGAUGAUUACUGCUUUGUUGUAUACUUUCAGAUCUGGUGCUUGUAGACCACCAUCCUUCACUUUUUUUUCAUUAGUUCCCUUGAUAUUCCUGAUCUUUUCCUUCUUCCACAUGAACUUGGUUAUAAUUUUUUCCAAUUCUAUAAAUAGUUUUUUGGUAGUUUGAUAAAUAUAGCACUGAAUAAAUUAAUUUAGAUAGGAUUGCCAUUUUUACAUUACUAUUUAUCAUUAUAUUUAUAUUGUAUUAGCUCGCCCUACCUGUUUUUCUUUCUUUUAGAUUUUGGAGUGUCAACUGACCAUAUUAAAUGAUCAGUCAAUAAGUUAUUUAAAAUGAAGAAAUUCUGCCUCUUGAGAAUCCCAGUCAUUGCACUGUCCAUAUCUUUCUAUUGAAUUAGUUCAAUCAUCAAAAUAUUAUAUUUUUAAAAGAUGAAGAACCUUUCUUUUCCUCAUCAUACUUACUCUUCUUUCUAUGAAACUAAAUGCAAAAUGAUUGACUGUGUUCUGGUAACAAAUGGUAUUCAUCAUAAAUCAAAGACAGAAAGUUUUGGCUAUGGCACAUUGUACCCAUUGGUUCUCCAAACUGAAUUUAACAUGAGACUGCACUUCUUCUCUUUGAUAAAAUCAGAGACUGCUCCCUUAUAACUAUGGAAUCCUUUUUAUCCUUUCAUAAGAGUAUUUCAGCCUUUUAGGAAAUUAUGUAGAGAAUUUCUUUUUCUUUGUUUUCACCUCUUUGAUCACUUUCUGAGAAGGUAGCAUGUACUGUCUUCAAAAAAAUGUUUUUACCAGAUCAACUCUGACUCUUGUGAUGAGGAGGAAUUUCAGAUCACCUUCUCUAUUUCUCCUCCACAGAAUCUCAUACUUCACUCAGAGCACUUCCCAUCUCCCUGAUUCCACAGGGAAAAGAAUUUCAGAGUCAGACACUAGUCCAGGUUUUACUCUUCACAACAUCAUUCCCACUUCAGACACAAAAUACCUUUGGGCCAGUAGCAUUCAAGGAUGUGGCUGUGGACUUCACCCAGGAAGAGUGGUGCCUAUUAGACCAUUCUCAGAAAAAGCUGUAUCUGGAGGUCAUGCUGGAGAAUGUGCAGAACCUACGCUCUGUGGGUCUUCCAGUUCCCAGAGAAAAUUUUAUCUCCUGUUUUCAAAAAAGGGAAUCACUUUGGCUGCUAGAGCAAAAAGGCCCAGAGGCAGAGACUAAUUUUGAAGUGAAGGAGAUAUCCACAAAGCUAAGCCUUUUUGUGGAAGGAUCUGGCCCCCAAAGAUGCAUGAAUGAGGAUCCCCAUGACGUCCUUUUGAGAAAAAUCCAUGUCUCUAAUAUCAAGUUAAAUAAAAAUUCAAAGAGUGACAGUGAAUUUGAUGAAACUGCAGAGAAAUUCAGCCAAAAUUCAGUCCUAAAUCAGUACAUGAAAUUGACCUCAAGAAAUGACUAUUGUCAGGAUAGUGAAUAUAGGAAACACUUUCAUGAAGAAAGAGGACUUGUUCAGUCACCUGAGAAACCUGAAAAACCCGUGUAUCAAAGUAACGUAGGAGGAAUGGCCUUAGGCUGUAGCUCAGACAUCAUAAGACAUUCAAAAAGUAAACAUGUGGAGAUGGUUUCUGUGAGUGAUAAAGGUGGGAGAACUUUCAGUCAUAACUCUGAGCUUGCUGCACAUCAGCGAAUCCACACUGGAGAGAAACCUCAUGUAUGUAAACACUGUGGAAAGGCUUUUACAAAGAAGAACAAGCUUACUGCACAUCAGAGAAUCCACACUGGAGAGAAACCUUAUGAAUGUAAACAAUGUGGAAAGGCUUUUACUAUGAAGGGAUCUCUUGUUACACAUCAGAGUAGCCACACUGGAGAGAAACCUUUUGAAUGUAAACAGUGUGGAAAGGCUUUUACAGACAGGGCUCUUCUUGCCAGACAUCAGACCGUCCACACAGGAGAGAAACCUUAUGAAUGUAAAGAAUGUGGAAAGGCUUUCACACAGAGGAGCCAUCUUGCUACACAUCAGAGCAUCCACACUGGAGAGAAACCUUAUGAAUGUAAACACUGUGGAAAGGUUUUCACACAGAGGGGCUCUCUUGCCAGACAUCAGACAAUCCACACUGGAGAGAAACCUUAUGAAUGUAAACAGUGCGGAAAGGCUUUCACACAGAGGGGCCAUCUUGCUGCACAUCAGAGCAUCCACACUGGAGAGAAACCUUAUGAAUGUAAACACUGUGGAAAGGUUUUCACACGUAGGGAAUCUCUUGCUAAACAUCAGAGAAUCCACACUGGCGAGAAACCUUAUGAAUGUAAACAGUGUGAAAUGGCUUUCUCACGGAGGGACUAUCUUGCUGCACAUCAGAGAAUCCACACUGAAGAGAAAUCUAAUUGUAUGGGAUAAAAAAAAAUCAUGUAUUAUUCUCCAGCAUACAUUAUUUAGUAUUAGUAAUUUUUUAUUGGUGAAUUCCUAUAGAAAAUUAGUAAAAGGUGCCCUUCAAAAGGGAGAUAUUAAUCUCUCCUUAUGAAGAGUAGAGAAAUCCUCCUCCCCAGCAGCUUUUUAUAUAUAAAUAAAUAUACGCAUUCAAUUCA